AGCUGUAGUGCGGGCUGCGGCAGCGCGGGCGGCCGCCAUGGCCCCCGGAGCCGCGGCCGCAAUGGGGCUGGCGCUGGGGCUGCUGCUGGCGGCCGCCGCCCGCCCCGCCGCCGCCUGGGACCUGCCGCGGGCGCUGCGCUGCGGCUUCUCGGCGGACUGCGAGUGCGGCUUCGGGCCGGACCUGCGCGGUCUGGAGUGCGAGUUGUCCAUGAACGUGGUGGGACAGCCGCUGGUGAGGCAGCAGGUGAUGAGGGGAGUGCGGGAGUUCCUGGAGAACCUCAGUCCGGUGAAGCCCCUGGUGAUGUCCUUCCAUGGCUCGACUGGAACAGGCAAAACCUACGUGAGCUCCAUGCUUGUCCGCUACCUCUUCCAGGGUGGACUCCAGAGCCCCUACGUUCACCACUUCUCUCCAGUGGUGCACUUCCCCCAUGCUGAGCAGAUAGAGCAGUACAAGGAAAGCCUGAGGCACUGGAUCCAAGGGAACCUGACAAUCUGUGGACGGUCGGCUUUUGUCUUUGAUGAGAUGGACAAGAUGCACCCAGGCCUGAUUGACGUGAUCAUGCCCUUCUUGGGCCCCUCGUGGGUCGUGUAUGGGACCAACUACCGCAAAGCCAUCUUCAUCUUCAUAAGCAACGCAGGAGGGGAGCAGAUCAACACCAUGACACUGGAUCUCUGGCGUGCCCGCAGGGACCGGGAGGAGAUCAGCCUGCAGGACCUGGAGCCAGCCAUCUCCAAAGCUGUGUUUGAAAACCCUCAGAGUGGAUUCUGGAAAUCUGGGAUCAUUAAUGAGCACCUCAUUGAUUUUGUUGUGCCCUUCCUCCCCCUGAAGCAUCACCAUGUCAAACAGUGCGUCAUCAACGAACUCGUCCAGCAAGGCCUCGAAGUGCGCCCGGGCGUUGUCCAGGAGGUGGCCGACAGCAUCCCCUACUUCCCAGAAGAAGAGAAAAUAUUCUCAUCAACAGGCUGCAAAACAUUGGCUUCUCGGAUCAGUUUUUUCCUCUAGUGACUGUGGAGGGCUGUGCUGGGAUCCCCAGGGGCUGUGUAAGGAGCUGUCAAGCAGCAGAGCCUGAGGCCAGCGGCACGAGCAGCAGGAGCAAUGUGUUCCCUCGUGGCAGCAUGAGCAUUCUCCUGCUGAACUCAUCUCUCCAGCCCCAAGGAGGCUGCAACAGGAUGUGGUUGUGGGACCAAGGGCAAGUGAUGGGAUUUGUAAAGCACUUGUCUGCUUCCCCCUGGGCUGGGUGAGGGUGGGUACUGCCAGCUCCAUGCACUGCCUGUGACUACAGCAGCACCCUGCCAGCAGCACCCACCUGCAGUUCUCUGCUCUCCUGGCAGCUGUUGGUACCCAGCACACUGAGACUCUGAGCCCACACAGGAAUAUUUCCUUCCUACAGCUUUGUAACGGUUUUUUAAAACCUUUUUAGGUAUGGCCCUGCAACUCCUUGGUAGAAGGUGACAGUGCUGACUCCUGCAGUGCUGGGCUGUGAACACCUUCAACAUUGCAGCAACGUUUUCUUUUCAAGGAAGUUUUGGAGCCAACUUCUUUCCAGCUUCUGAAAAGCACCUGUGAGCAGGUGCUGGUAGGGACAAACUUCACCAUCAACAAGUGGGAGGUGGCAAUACCUGACCUGCCCAGAACCAGGUUCUUCCUACCAUCCCCUUGUCUUAAGAUCCAAAAGAUAUCCCUGCAGCAAGCCAGGAAAACAACAACAAAAAGACAUCUCACUUGUUUUAGCAGCUGUGAACAAUUGCAGUCCUACCUCCAGAGGAGCCUCUGGUGCCACUAAUGCUUUUGAAGUUCCUCGAGGAUUUCUACAGUAGGCUGAGAGUUGGUGCUAUGAUCUGCUGAGCCUCUUGUACAUCCUUCUGCUGGUCAGACCUUGCAGGCUUCAGCUGGACCAGCAUCUGUGCAGCUUCUGGGGAGUGUCACUUACAACAGGACCUGGGGACAAAUCAGAGAUGAGUGCUCUGCACUGCCAAGGACAGGGUGCACAGCACUGAUGGAUUUAGUCUCCUCAUGGGAGACUAACAGGUCAGAGGCACCAGACUCGUUCACUCUCUGGGAACACACUGCCGAAGGGGUGGGUGCAGGGACGCUUCCCAAAGCUCCCCAGGCUCUGCUCAGUGUUGUGCUGAAAUGAGCCACCGGCACUUGGGACCAUUCCAGCUCCAGGGCCAGAGCUUUGGGGCCAGUGACUUUAGACAUGACCCAAAUGCUGCCCAGGAGCCAGCCCACAGACAGACCACAAAUUUCCACCUCUUACAAAAAUAUUAUGCAUUUCUGAUGAUAAAGUAAAUCUUUUAUGAAAUAAACACUUGAGGAACAAUC